AAAGUAGAAAGAAAAAAGAACGAAAGAGGACGAGGAAGAAGACUGAAGGGAGCGCAACUUUACUCAAGAAAGUCUCAAGAAACUACAGCUUCAGCAGCAGCACCAACGCCAGCUGCUGCUGUUGCACCAAAUUCCUCAGAAAAGGAAAACACAUUCUUUUGUUUCUUCAUUACUGCUCUUUAUCCGUCAUGGGUUGUUCAGCAUCCAAGAAAAGCAGGGGCCGCGGUAAUUCGAAGAAGAUCAGAAAGCCGAAACCUUGGAGACAUUCUGAACCGAUUACAAGGACACAGCUUAUGCAGAUGCGCGAAGAAUUUUGGGACACAGCUCCUCACUAUGGUGGCCAGAGAGAGAUAUGGGACGCUCUUCGAGCUGCAGCAGAAGCCGAAUUAAGCCUCGCGCAAGCAAUUAUCGAUAGUGCUGGGGUGAUUGUUCAGAACGUGGAUCUAACAGUUUGCUAUGAUGAGCGAGGUGCCAAGUAUGAACUACCGAAGUAUGUCUUGAGUGAGCCAAUCAACGUGAUUCGCGAGAACUGACGACGGACCGAAGGGUACAGCAAUUCAUUUUUAGAAUGUAAAGUAAUCAUAACCGUCUGGUAUAAAAUCCCCCUUUUUGUACAAUGUAGUUAGAUGCACCAAAAGUUUCGGCUUUGUCAAACAUUGUGGGAUCAAAGUUGAGAGUUCAGCAUACUAA